UUUAGAAAAAAUUUUAAAUUUGCAUGUAAUGAUUACAGAACAUGUUCACUGCUACAAAAUAAUGUAAUUGAGGAUUCUACAAGGAACAAUCACUUCUUUAAGAGCUCAUUUUACUUCUCUAGGUUAUGUUUACUUAACUUACAUGACACAAGAAACUCUUCCAGUAACCUCUACUGAGUUUGAUAAGGGCAAUAAGCAAUAUAACAAAAAAUCAAAAACAAAACCUACCUUUUGCAAGAGUUUAAACUGUGAGCGAACGCAUGGUGGCGCUGCUGACUAAAAAGGUGAAUUAAAUCACAAGCACAUAGGACUCCCAGAGCACAGCUCCGGUGCGGUAAACUAGGGUUUGUGAAAUGGUGACGAUUUUUUAAGCAAGCCUCGUGAAAGGAUUAUUUACCAGGUUGGAAUUUCCAGGACUUUGCAUUCCCACAGCCUUCUGAAGCUCGGCUUGGCUACAUUCCUUGGAAGAAUAUAGCAAGAAGUGCAAUGGAGGCCAGAGGGGAGAGCUUUCUUAGACAAAGGCAAGUCCUGCUUUUCUUUGUUUUUGUGUGUGGGUUUCUGGCUGGGUUCGAGUCAAGACGCUAUUCAGUGGCUGAGGAAAAAGAGAGGGGCUUUUUAAUAGCCAAUCUAGCAAAGGAUCUAGGGCUGACUGUUGAGGAACUGGUGGCAAGGGGGGCCCAAAUUGUAUCGAAAGGAAACAAACAGCAUUUUCAGCUCAGUCAUCACACCGGUGAUUUGCUUCUGAAGGAAAAAAUGGACAGGGAGGAGCUAUGCGGCCCUACAGAGUCAUGUAUACUGCAUUUUCAGGUAUUACUACAAAACCCUUUCCAGUUAAUUACACAGGAGAUUCAGAUCAUAGAUGUAAAUGACCAUGCUCCAGUAUUCUUUGAAAAUGAAAUGGAGCUGAAAAUCCCAGAAAACUCUCCACCAGGAACAGUGAUUCCUUUGGAAUAUGCUGAGGAUUUGGAUGUGGGAAAAAACAGUCUCCAAAACUACACAAUUGUUCCCAAUUCCCAUUUUCACGUUCUCAUGUGCAGUCGGAAGGAUGGAAGGAAGUACCCAGAACUAGUACUGGACAGAGCGCUGGAUCGAGAGGAGCUGCCUGAGUUCAGUUUAACACUCAUAGCGCUGGAUGGCGGGUCGCCACCAAGGUCUGGGACAGCCCAGAUCCACAUUCUGGUCUUAGACAUAAAUGACAAUGCCCCAGAAUUUGCACAGUCCCUCUAUGAAGUUCAAAUUCUAGAGAACAUCCCUAUUAACUCUGUCAUUGUCACUGUUUCAGCUUCUGAUUUAGAUACAGGAAGUUUUGGGGCAAUAUCAUAUUCAUUUUUUCAUGCUUCAGAAGAAAUUCUCAAAACUUUUCGACUAAAUCCAAUUACUGGUGAUAUGCAAUUAGUUAAAUAUUUGAAUUUUGAAGCAAUAAAUAAUUAUGAAGUCGACAUAGAGGCCAAGGAUGGUGGAGGUCUUUCAGGAAAAUCUACAGUUAUAAUUCAGGUGGUUGAUGUGAAUGACAACCCACCAGAACUGACUUUGUCAUCAGUUAACAGUGCUAUUCCUGAGAAUUCGGUAGAGACUGUGGUAGCGAUUUUCAGUGUUUCUGAUCUAGACUCUGGAGACAAUGGAAGAGUGAUGUGUUCCAUCCAGAACAAUCUCCCCUUCGUCCUGAAACCAUCCUUAGAGAAUUUUUACACCCUAGAGUCUGAAGGAACGUUGGACAGAGAAAGCAGAGCCGAAUAUAACAUCACCAUCACAGUCACCGACAUGGGGACACCCAGACUGAAAACUGAGCAGAGCAUAAUAAUCCUUAUCUCUGACGUCAAUGACAACGCCCCUGCCUUCUCCCAAACGUCAUACACGCUGUUGGUGCACGAGAACAACCAACCCGCUCUGCACAUAGGUAGUGUCAGCGCCACAGACAGAGACUCAGGCACCAAUGCCCAGAUCACCUACUCGCUGCUGCCAGCCCAGGACCUACACCUGCCCCUCGCCUCGCUGGUCUCCAUCAACGCAGACAAUGGGCAGCUGUUUGCGCUAAGGGCACUGGACUUCGAGGCCCUGCAGGCUUUCGAGUUCCGCGUGGGCGCCACAGACCAAGGCUCGCCCGCGCUCAGCAGCCAGGCGCUGGUGCGAGUGGUGGUGCUGGACGACAAUGACAACUCGCCCUUCGUGCUGUACCCAAUGCAGAACGCCUCUGCGCCCUGCACUGAGCUGGUGCCCAGGGCGGCAGAGCAGGGCUACCUGGUCACCAAGGUGGUGGCAGUGGAUGGAGACUCGGGCCAGAACGCCUGGCUGUCAUACCAGCUGCUCAAGGCUACUGAGCCCGGGCUGUUUGGCGUGUGGGCGCACAAUGGCGAGGUGCGCACCGCCAGGCUGCUGAGUGAGCGCGACGCGGCCAGGCACAGGCUGGUGGUGCUGGUCAAGGACAAUGGCGAGCCUCCGCUGUCUGCCAGCGUCACGCUGCACGUGCUGCUGGUGGAUGGCUUCUCCCAGCCCUACCUGCCGCUCCCGGAAGUGGCACCCGAGCGCGCGCAAGGGGACUCGCUCACUGUCUACUUGGUCAUCGCCUUGGCCUCUGUGUCAUCGCUCUUCCUCUUCUCUGUGCUGGUGUUUGUGGCGGUGAGGCUGUGCAGGAGGCGCAGGGCGGCGCCGCUGGGUGUCUGUUCUAUGCCUGAGGGUCAUUUUCCUGGACACCUGGUGGAUGUCAGUGGCAGGGGUACCCUGUCUCAGAGCUACCAAUAUGAAGUGUGUCUGAUGGGAGGCUCAGGGACUAGUGACUUCCUGAGUCCAAUUAUCCCCACUAGUGUGAUUCAAGACCCUUAGCAGCUCUGUUUUAAAUUUGCAAUUGAAGGAAUGGUUUAGAUUUCAUUAACAGAAUAAUCAAAAAGUAGUUGUGUGGCUAUGCAUGUUUCAUUUUAAAAUCAAGAAAGUUUAGUUGAUACAACAUUUUGUUUAUAGAUUUUACUUUCUAUGUAAGCAUAUGUUAAUCCAUUCAUAUUUUUCUUUUUUUCAUCUGCUUUAUGUCUUAUCAAUGCAGUCUUAAUGCUUGUUUUUCUUUUUCUAAUAGUGGAGAAAAAAUAAAUUCAUUGUCUUUUAAUGGUAAUUUCAAAUAGGUUUACUUAAUAACAUUUCAAAUUAUAUAUUUCUAAGCAGUGUGGACAGUUUCAAAUCACAAAUUCAGUAAUUUUUCCUGUUGAAUAUUCAUUCAUAAUGUUGUUUUUUAUGUUCUGAAAGCUGUUUGGUCCAUGGCUAAUGAAGCUUGAGGGUUAAUAAAACAAAAGAUAUAGUAAUGUACCAUCUUUUUAGAGGUAUAAUAGUCAAAUGAAAGUAAUACAUUUGUUUUCUAUAUUGACACUUUCAGUCAAUAUUUCAAUAUUGUAUACAUUGUUAUCAUCCAAGUGGACAAACCUUAUAGACAAAUGCAGCAAAGUACUCUUAGGUAGGUACUUUUUAGGGUUUCUUAAAGUGUAAUCAUUAUGACCCAGGGAAAAAUUAAACAUAAGCCAUUUUAAACAACUGAUUGCUCUUUCAUUUUUAAUGAAAUUUUAUUUAGGAAGGCAUCUGGUGGGAUGGCAGUUUGGUUUAUAAAUUCUGGUAUCUAAGCCUAAACACCUGAGGGCCUUUUUUUUCGAAGAACUUACACAGAUAUAUGAUCUUUAAAUGUUUUACAGUAAAGGCACUGUCCCAUCAAAUUGUACUUUUUAUUACCUACUUACCAUAUAUCUAGUAAUUUAUUUUAUUUUUUUAAUAUUUAUUUUUUAGCUCUCGGCAGACACAACAUCUUUGUUGGUAUGUGGUGCUGAGGAUCGAACCCAG